UUGGACGCUAUUGACAUAGCGACAGGAGAGCUGGUAGAAAAACAGUKUUUUUCCUAUUUUUAUCAAUAGCUUUGGGGAAAUUAUCAUUCCAACAGCUGCUAUGAACGCGUCAGUGGCCAAAAAGACCCAAGACACUUUGGGGAAAGUGAUAAAGAAACCGCCGCUUACUGAAAAACUGCUCACCAAACCGCCGUUUCGAUACCUGCACGACAUAUUCAGUGAGGUGAUCCGGACCACUGGCUUCAUGAAGGGACUCUAUGUAGAGACAGAGAUGAAGUCAGACAAUGUGAAGGAUAAGGAUGCUAAGAUGGCGUUCCUGCAGAAGGCCAUGGACGUGGUAAUGCUGGUGAGCGGCGAGCCCCUGUCGGCCAAGCCGGCACGCAUCGUAGCUGGCCACGAGCCCGAGAAGACCAAUGAGCUGCUGCAGGCUAUAGCCAAGUGCUGCCUCAACAAGCUGUCCAGUGAGGAGGCAGUGAAGCGGGUGCUGGCGGGGGACAAGCUGGACCCCAAAGGGAAGGCCAGCACCUCCCGUUCCCAGGACAAGGAGAACCGGGAGGGACGAGAGCGCCACAGAGACCGAGAGGAGAGGAAGGAGAUACGAGAGCACAGCGUCGGUGGAGGCCGGGAGCAGAAGGACCCGGACCAGCCCAAAGAGCAGGAGGACAGGCGGGGCAACAAGGAGAAGGAGCCCCACCGCGAGGGAGAGAGGUCGGAGAAGGCCCGCGAACGAGACCGGACCAAAGACCGCGACAAGGACAAGAGCCGGGACCGAGAGAGGGACAAAGACAAGAGAAGAGAGAAAGACAGGGAACGAGACAAGGAGAGGGAGAAGGACAGAGACGGAGAGAAGAGCAAAGACAAGGAGACACACAGAGCGAGAGACCGAUAUAGGGAGGAAGAUGGAGACAGGGAUAAACGGCGAGACAAGGGAGAAAGGGAGAAGGCGAGAGAGACCAGACACAAACAGGGGGAGGAGAAGACCAAAGUGCCAGAGAAAGGCGACAAAAAGGCCAGAGUGUCAGAGGAGUCAAAACACCGACCACAUCCAGAGGAGCCCAGUAAAACAGCCAAACCUGAACCAGCGGAGUCUGACAGUCCAGCCAGAAUACCCCGGCCUUCAUCUGCUAAGGGGCAGAGGCGCAUGCCCAAAGCAGGAGUCCCACAAGAAGAGUCUGACGGUGAAGGAGAUGGAGACACUCCGUUGGCAGAGAGGCCGGUCCCCCUGGAGAACGGCGAUGCCACAGACGCAGUGCCAGCCCACAUGGCUCACAGCAACCGAAGGAUACCUCGGCCCAACAGCGCACGGCCCGCCCCUCCUCGGUUCAAGAGGCAGGAGAGCUAUGCUGACGUGACCCCAGCCGAAAGGCUGACCAGUGCCAAGCCCCCGGCGGCUGUCAUCAUGGAGGGGAAGAAGCUCUCUGAGGAUGAGGAGGAGGAUGAAGAUGAGCAGUUUGUGGUGGAGGCUGCCCCUCCUCCCCCCGACAUGCCCGACAUGGAGAUGGACCCUUCAGUGGGACUUCAAGGCGAUGAGAAGCAUGGUGGGCUGGUGAAAAAAAUCCUUGAAACCAAGAAAGACUUUGAAACAUCAUCAUCAUCAUCAUCUCCAAAGUCCAAAGACCAGACGCAAAGCCUGGUGUCGGAGGCGGCCAGGAAGAAGGAGAGGGAGCUGGUGUCCAGGGAGAUCGAACGGCUGCGCUCGUCCAUCCAGACGGUGUGCCGCAGCGCCCUGCCCCUGGGCAAGAUCAUGGACUACAUCCAGGAGGACAUGGACGCCAUGCAGAACGAGCUGCACACCUGGAGGAGGGAGAACAAGGAGCAUGCGCAGGCCCUGCUGCAGGAACAGAGAGUGACGGACAACGCCGUGGAGCCUCUGAAGGCCGAGCUAGCCGAGCUGGAGCAGCUGAUCAAGGAGCAGCAGGACAAGAUCUGCGCUGUCAAGUCCAACGUCCUGAAGAACGAGGAUAAGAUCCAGAAGAUGGUGACCAGCAUCAACUUCUCCUCGCGAACAUGAGGGGGAGCCAAGGUCCAAAUAAAGGGGUUCGCUCCCUUAAAAAAAUAAA